GUGCCCACCCCCAGCAGCUCAGGGUUCCGGCUUCCUGCCAGGCUCCCCGCACACCCCUCCAAGAAGAGGAAACAUUCCGAGUCACCCCCCAACACCCUCAACGCCCAGAUGCUUAACGGGAUGAUAAAGCAGGAGCCAGGUACGGUGGCAUCCCUGCCCCUCCAUCCUGCCAGAGCCCCUACACCGCCCUGGCAUCAGCAAGGUCCCCUCUCGCCAGGACCGGGAUCCCUUCCCCUCAGCAUUGCCAGAGUCCAGACACCGCCCUGGCAUCCUCAGGGGGCGCCUUCCCCAGGCCUCAUGCAGGACAACGAAAGCCUGAAUGGGUCUUACCUGGACCCCAAUUACCAGUCCAUUAAGUGGCAGCCGCACCAGCAGAACAAGUGGGCCACGCUCUAUGACGCCAAUUACAAGGAGCUACCUAUGCUCACGUACCGGGUGGACGCCGACAAGGGCUUCAACUUCUCGGUGGGCGACGACGCCUUCGUGUGCCAGAAGAAGAACCACUUCCAGGUGACGGUGUACAUCGGCAUGCUGGGGGAGCCCAAGUACGUCAAGACCCCCGAAGGGCUGAAGCCCCUGGACUGCUUCUACCUGAAGCUGCACGGCGUCAAGCUAGAGGCCUUGAAUCAGUCCAUCAACAUCGAGCAGUCCCAGUCUGACCGGAGCAAGCGGCCCUUCAACCCCGUGACGGUCACGCUGCCUCCAGAGCAGGUCACCAAGGUGACCGUGGGACGCCUGCACUUCAGCGAGACCACUGCCAAUAACAUGCGCAAGAAAGGCAAGCCCAACCCGGACCAGAGGUACUUCAUGCUGGUGGUGGCACUGCAGGCUCAUGCCCAGAACCAGACGUACACGCUGGCAGCCCAGAUCUCAGAGCGCAUCAUAGUCAGGGCCUCGAACCCUGGCCAGUUUGAGAGUGACAGCGACGUCCUGUGGCAGCGGGCCCAGCUGCCCGACACCGUCUUCCACCACGGCCGUGUGGGCAUCAACACGGACCGGCCCGACGAGGCUCUGGUCGUCCACGGCAACGUGAAGGUCAUGGGCUCCCUCAUGCACCCCUCGGACCUGCGGGCCAAGGAGCACGUGCAGGAGGUAGAUACCACGGAACAGCUAAAGAGGAUUUCCCGGAUGCGGCUCGUCCACUACAGCUACAAGCCCGAGUUUGCAGCCAGCGUGGGCAUCGAGGCCUCUCCUGAGACAGGCGUCAUUGCUCAGGAGGUGAAGGAGAUCCUCCCCGAGGCCGUGAAGGACACCGGAGACGUGGUCUUUGCCAACGGGAAGACCAUCGAGAACUUCCUGGUCGUGAACAAGGAGCGGAUCUUCAUGGAGAAUGUGGGGGCCGUGAAGGAGCUGUGCAAGCUCACCGACAACCUGGAGACCCGCAUCGACGAGCUCGAGCGCUGGAGCCACAAGCUGGCCAAGCUCCGCCGGCUGGACAGCAUGAAGUCCACGGGCAGCUCCGGGGCCUUCAGCCAAGCGGGCAGCCAGUUCAGCCGGGCCGGGAGCGUCCCCCACAAGAAGCGGCCCCCCAAGGCGGCCAGCAAGUCGCCCUCGGCCGUCCCGGACCAGGCCUGCAUGAGCCAGCGCUUCCUGCAAGGGACCAUCAUCGCCCUGGUGGUGGUCAUGGCGUUCAGGUGGUGGGCCUGGACGUGG